GGUACACCAGGAAGGGAGCUCCUGGAUUUUGACCCAGCGACAGUGAAAGAAUGCUGUUGCUAUGAGGAGACGACUCAGAAAUGACUGAUGUGGAGCCUGGUGUCACAGAUUUUGUCUCUUCAGGACGGGCAGGCCGCAGAAAUGCCUUACCUGAUAUCCUUGGGUCUCCAUCAGGAGCCAAUUCAGCUGAUUUAUCACACAAACUGUCAGAACUAUCCGUAAGCACAGAUGAAGGAGCAGAAGGAAAAACAUCUCCAUCGGAAGCACCACCCAAACCUCCAGAAUUGGAGGAGAAGAGCAGUACAUCAUAACAUGCCUCUGAAGUGCAAUAUUACAUGUGUACAUAUAAUUUUCACAAGGCAUACUGAGGCCCAGAUUUACACUGCAGCUCAAAGCUAAAGAUUACCACUUAAGUUGAAGCAAGCUGAGCAUUUCUUUUUGAGAGUGUGGGGGGAAAUUAGAUUGAAUUCUCAAAGAUAAAAUUCUAACAACCCGUUUUAUUUUAACUGCUUCUGAUUAUUUUUCUUUGACUGAUGGCAUUUACCA